UUCAUAUUUAAAUGUAGUCGCUCAACUCAAAUAAAUUAUUUCUUAAAAAAUAAAAAAAAAAAAUCCAAUCAUUAGAAUCAAAUGGAUCCACAUCAUCGUUAUUUGAGCCAUCAUCGACAAUCGUUGAGGCCUGGUGCCGGUUCAUCAACAAUGACAUCAUCGAUGUUGGCAUCACGAUAUGGAUUAUCAGUUGGUUCAACUAGUACUAAUACUACUGGUAGUACAAAACGAGCUUCAGUUAGUUGUGGAUCAUCGCCAAUCAGAUCACGAUCAAAUUCAACAAGCCGUUUUAAAGCAGCAGCAGCUGUAGCUGUUGCUGCUGCAACUGGUAAUAAACAUUCAUUCAAUUCACAUCGUAAAUCAAUUGUACCUGGUUCAAUGUCAUUUACAAGUGUUCGUUCAUCACCAAUAACUAGUGGUCUAAGUUCAACAGGAACAUUAUUAAAUAGUACCGGUACUAGUGGCAGUUCCGGUACAAAUUCUUCUGCAUCAUCAACAACAAGCAAUAGUUCUGGUGCUAGUGCCAAUAAUAAUUCAAGCACCACAGCUGCAGGUAUAUCUUCCACUGUUGUUUCAUUCAUGAAAAAGUUUGUAAAUAAAGCAUCACCAAUCAAUCAAAAUAGUGGCGAUAGUAUUGAUCAGAGUUUUGAACAAUAUCAAAAAAGUCUUCAACAACAACAACAACAACAACAACAAAGAAAUUCAAGCACUGGUACAACAGCUUCCAAUAAUAACAAUAAUACACAGAAUUCAACGGCUCAAAGUCCAACAAAAUAUCUUUUUUCUGCCAUAACUGGUGCUUCAAAUAAUAAUAAUAAUAAUAAUACAGGUUUAUUAUCAUCAUCAUCAAAUAAUAGUAGUAGUGCUUCCUUUGGUCAAACAAAUACUGGUAACAUAAUUGAUCAUGGCCAUUCAAAUAUGACGAAUUCUCCAAUAAUAAUGAUGAAUAAUUCAUCUACAUAUUUAUCAUCAUCAUCAUCAUCAUCAUUAACAACAACGGCAACGUCAACGAUUGCAAAUACAAUAUCACCAUUGGUGCCUAAUUCUUCAUCAUCAUUACAGACAACAACAUCACCAACUGGAUCGAUGACUUCUGUAUCGACUGUAUCAACAAUGAUUGGUGCGCCUGGAUAUCAGACAUCCAUACAGAAUACAGAUCAACAACGUCCAUUUGUAUCGACAACAGCUAGUGGCCUUAGUAGUAAUAAUUCUGCAAAUACUUAUUUGUCUUCAUCACCGAUAUCGGGACCAUUAUUUUCAAAAAUUCGAGCCAAAGUUGCUUCAACAUUUCAACAACAACAACAACAACAACAACAGCAGCAGCAGCAACAACAACAACAACAACCACAAUCACAACAAUCACAACAAUUAGUUAAUAAUUUUUCAAAUCAAAAUUCCAGUACAUCUGGUACGGACAAUUCUUCUUCUUCCCUUCAAGAUACAAUGGAUUUUGCAUCGAAAUCUCGAAAUGGUUCAAUUUCAUCCACAAGUGUUCAACAACAACAACAACAACCUACAACGGCAGGUACGCCUGUUUCGUCGUCAACUGGAUAUCAGCGAGCACCAAUGCUAGCCAUGAUACAUUCAUCACAAUCAAGUUCAUUAACCAAUGAACAAUUGACUGCUCAUUUAACGGAAGAAGAACGGCAAAUUUUACAAAAAGUUUGGCAAAAAGAAGAAGAAUUCAAAGAAAUUGCAUUGAAAAAUUUUGCCAAAAAUAUGUCCGGAACCGAGAUAAUUGUUGAAACGCCUACGGGUACAGGUACAAUGCCAAAUAUACAGCCAACAGUUUCAUCAGGUUUAUUAGGUAGUCAAAGUAGUGCUGCACCUGGUGAUGUUUCACAUUUAUCAACAAAUUUAUUGGAUCCAGUUGCUGCUGCCGUACAUCGUCGCCGUUCAUCGGCAAUUUUAUCGGCCGAUGCUACCGGUUUCUGUCGUAUAUGUCGAAAAGUGAUAAUGAAAAAUGAAACAUCACAUCGAUGUUCCAAUUGCCAAGAACUGGUCUGUGAUGAUUGUUCUUCAUAUUCUUCUAGAGAAGAAUCCAAGUAUUGGAUGUGUAGCUUUUGUAGACGUCGUGGUUCACAUUUAGUGUUGGUAACAACAAGUGGACAAACUUCAACUACUUCUUCCAUUGCGGCAGCUGCUGGAUCAUAUGAACCCUUUUCAACAACAACAACAACAACAACAGCAACAUCUAAACGCCAACAAUCAUCAUUGGAUGCUCCAUCCACAGCAACAGCUGGUAUGACAUCUUCAAUGAACAAUUUAUCUUCAACAGGAACCACAGCAACAACAACAAGUGGUCAACAAUUUUUAUCUGCCACACCAAAUGCUUUCAAUACAAAGCGUAAAUUAUCUUGGCAAGAAAAUCAACGUCCAAAUUCAGCCAUAGAACAAUUCGGUCAACAGGGACAAAAUCGUCAAAGUUCAUUAGAUCUAAAUCGUAGUUCAUCAACACUGUUGAAAACAAACAUUAAUCCAGAGCCAAAAUUUAAUGUAAAUCAUCCACAUCAUCAAAAAACAUCAUCAUCGAAUCUACAACCAGAACAAACUUCUCGAUCAAAUCGAGUAUAUUCCCUUUCUGAUGAUGAAGAAUUAUGGAAUGGUAAUGAUGAUGAUGAUGACGAUGAUGAUGAAGAUGAUGAUGUUAUGCUUAAAAAUGAUGAUGAUGAUCAAGAGAAUGAUAAAAACAUUGAAAAUAUUGAUGUUCAAAUGACGAAUAAUGGUGCCAAUAAUGUCCAUUAUGGAACAUUACAAUCGAUGCCAGCUGAACAAUUAAUGUUGAAACAACAACAACAACAAGGAAUGACGACAAUGAAUUCGAAAAAAUUGAAAAAGAAAAUGCGACAUCAUCAAGCAUUAGCACAUCAUCAUAAAAUUCAAUAUAAUUCUGAUGAUGAUCUUUUAAUGGGUAGUAUGGUGCAUAAUGAUAAAGAAAAUGAAAAUUCCCUAUAUUCAAGUACGCCACCCAUCACUAUUACAUCAUUAGAUGAACCUCAAACCACUAUUGAUCCAUCAACUAUUGUUCAUCAACAAAAUCUAACAUUUAGUUUAGCUUCAGGAACAUCGAAUUCAGAUGCUUCAACAGUACCAUCUUACGGUGUUUCUUAUCAACAAUGUCAAACAAAACAAGCAAAAGUCCCUUUGGUUAUGCCUAAAAUCAUAUCGGUUAGUGGAAAUGGAAAUGGAUCUAAAGUAACACCACCACCUGGAACCAUUACGGCAACUCAUUGGUGGCGUUUAACGAAUAAAGCUCGAAGUUUAUCACGUGGUCAACUAGUUGGUUCUACAGCACCAAUUGGAGCGCCGGAAAAUUUUUACACUACACCUGGUAUUCGAAAACAAUUAAGCUCGGAAAGCUCCGAUUAUUCUGAUGGAUUCAAAUAUAGCCCUCCACAAGAUAGUUUAACACCAUCAUCGGAUUAUUCACGAUCUCCAAGAGAAUCAGCUGAUUCUGAUAUGCUUUGUUUACCUGGAUAUUCUCUGGGAUAUCGAGGCAGUGGUAUACCAUCUGUGAUGAUAGGUGAAGAUGGGAUCGGAUCUAGUGGUGCAGGUGGUGGAUCAUUUUUAUCUACUAAAGAUUGCUAUUUAAGACGUGGAUCGACAGGUAGAGCUUUGCCAAAGAUUCCUGUUGUCGGUGGUGGCAGUUCAAUGUUAGAUUUACCACAAUCUCGUAAAGGAUCACAACAUUCGUUGGAUAUUCCUGCCGAUCAACCAAGACGUGCUUCCGCUCCAGAAUCCGGAGCGGAUCCUAUACGCAUUGUAAUUAAUGAAUGUGGUGAUCUGUCUGCUAGUCACAUGCAAUUAUCGACUGCAUCAACAAAAACGCCAACCAAUCAAAUGUCGACGGAAAAUGUAAAAAAUAUAACCGAAACUCCAAGUAGUAGUAGUGCUAUAGCCGGAAAAUCAACCCCACAUCCAGGACCAAGUAUUAUACAGGUGCCAACAGCUACAACUCUGCAACAACGAAUGCGUUAUCAAUUAUCUCGUGCUGCAUCAAUAACAACUCAUUAUGAACGUGCCAUUUUACAGCGUGAUAAAUCCGAUCAAUCAAUUCGAACAGGAGGAUUUUCAUUGGCAAUUACCGGUGGAAAAUUAUGUGAACUAGAUGGAAUGUUGUAUGCAUAUAUUACUUGGAUAAAACCGGGUGGCCAAGCUGAUAGGCAAUCAUUAAAAUCGGGUGAUAAAAUCCUGGAAUGGAACGGAAAAUCUUUAGUGAAUUGUAGCCAUGAGCAAGUUGCACAUAUAAUGGCUACUGCCGGUGAUCAAGUGGAAUUAAUUGUCGAAUCAAUGACUCGUAAUGAUCAUCCGACUAAACAUAGACGACAUAGUAUGGUGAAUUCGAAGCAAUCAACACCGGCAUUAAAUGAAUCACAAACUAGUGGUACAAAUGGUAGUGCUACAUCAUCAGUCAAUACAGCAGCUUCUGCACGUCCAAGCUCAGCAGCAGCUGUUAUAUCGACCGGAAGUCUGGAUGGUGGAUCAAUAUCAUCAAUUUCAUCAUCGAUUUCGGCAACAACAAUGACAUCAACAACAACACUUCAACAACAACAACAACAACAACAAGGAUCUACAUUAUUAAGAAGACGUUUACCACAGAUUCCUACAGCAAAUGCACAUCAAUCUGGUUCAUCAAGUACAACAAAUUCUUCUGCAUCAUCAAUGUCGAAUUGUGCUGCUGCUUUAUUGACCGAUGCACAAAUCUUUUUACAAGUCACAAUUGAUGCUAAUAUUCGUCAAUUAUCGGUUAUGAUCAUUCAGGCGAAAGGUUUAGAACGACAUCCAAUUUAUGGCCAAAAUCUUGGCUUAGAAGCAUAUGCUCAACUACGUCUUUUACCAGAAAUGGGAUUCAAAAUAUGUCAAACCGAGCUUAGUCGUUCGUUCGAUUGGAAUGAAACAUUAAUCUAUCAUCAAUUUCCACUUGAACGGAUUGAAAAAAUCACCCUAGAUUUAAGCAUCUGGUGUACGAAUCCAGCUACUUAUAUACCAGGUACUGGUGGAGGAAUGGGUGGAAAACCACCACGAAUAACCAUUAGUGGUGGCUCAGUACCACAAUCAUCCAUAAUUGAUCAUCAAUUAGCAUCGACAAGAAUUCCACUUAGAAGUGCAUUGUUGAUGCAAAUAUCUGAAUGGUGGCCAUUGAUUCCAAGCAAUACUGAUAUCAACAUUCCUCAAUCGAUUCAACAGAUUCCAUCGAUAGCUGCCAUUACUAUCGCCACUAAUACCGGACCACAACCAAUACAACCAUCAAUUCCAUUGCUCAAUCAACCAAACAUUAGUAUUAGCCAACAAUCAUUGAUGAAUCCAUCCAAUCAGGCCUCAAUGUUAUCUGCUGCUAUUUCAACUACAACUUCCAAUUCAUCCAUGACGCCAACAGUAUUUUUUCAGAAAGCUCCAUCAAUGGACCAUCUUGGUUCUCGUUCUGGUUCCGGCCAAAAUGGACAGCUGCUUCCGGAUCAAAUGUUGUCAGCAGCUGCAAUGAUGAUGAUGACUUCACGAUCGACACCUGGUUCACGUCGUAAUUCCAAUCGUUCUGAUCAAGGUGAUUUCCCAAUAUUUCCGAGCCAUUUACAACCGAUGGGUAGCCGUUCGGCAAGAACAAGUCCAAGAAUGAAAGCAUCACCAACGCCACCGCCAGUAUCAAAUUGGUUUACUCGAUAUCGAUCUUCGCCAACAUCACGUGCUUCUAGUACGGUUAGUUCAGCAGCAAGUAGUACUGGACGCCAUUCUUUAGAUGAAUCUUAUACAAGCCAAUCAGGCGGCGGUGGUGUUGCUAGUAGCCGUGGAAAUUCAAUUGGUCCAUUUACUGGUUCUCUUCGUUUGGCGCAAAAUCGUCAUUCAAUUGGAAAUCUUUAUCCUGGAGGUCAUGGUGGUGGUACUAAUGUUGUUGCUGGUGGAUAUAUUACUGCCGGAACAAUCAACGGUAGGAUGCAAACCAAUAACAAUAAUUCUCAACAUUUGUCCACUGCUGCUGAUCAACAAUCAUUGGCCAUGCGUAGAAAAAGUUCUUCAGCAUUAGUUCACGUGGAUCAAGGAUCAAAAAAUCAGCUUUCCAUCCCUGGUGGUUAUAGUAAAUUGGGUAACACUGAUUCAUAUCAAUAUCUUUUGGAACAAAAUAGUUCAAAUGCAAGUGCUCGUAUAUCGAAUACAAUGAAUGAUGAUUCAAUUGAAAUUGAUCAAGAUAGUGAUCAAGAAUCUGAAAUAGCCGAUGAUACAUCUGAUGAUGAUGAAGAUUUUGAUAAUCUACUUAAAGAUAGUAGUUAUACAUUGGAUUCAUUGGAAAAUAAAGAUCGUAAUAGUCCACAAAAAUUACAAGGAAAAAUUUUAGGUAUCAAUAAUAAUGAUAAUAAUGAAGAGACAGCCAAUAAAGCAACUACAACAACAAAUACAUUGAACGCACCAAAUACUUUAUCAUUGGCAGUGAAAAAUACUUCCAAUGGUGGUGGAAAAGUAGGAAGUAAUAAUGGUGGUGGUGCAAAUUUAAAUCUACUUGCAAUUGAUUCCAUUCAUGGUAGUAGAUUUUCUGUAGAAACAUCAGGUGGUAGUACUGCACCACCAACUCCAUUACAUGAUGAUUAUGAUGAUGAUAAUUCACAAAAUGGUGGUGGUCUAACCAUUCCUGGUUGCCAGGAACGAAGACCAAGUUUUCUACGUAGAUUAAUGCCAUCGGCAGCUGAAACUGUCAUGCAAAUGGUAAUGGGCGGCCCUGGUAGUAAUGCACAACCAUCGGAUGAAAUUCUUCAUUCAUCAUCAGCAAUGAUUUCAACAUCAGUACAGCAUGGACAAACAACACACCAACAUCAACAUAGUGAACCACCAAAACGAAUAGUGAAAGUUGUUGGUGAAAUUAAACUAGGUUUCAUCAUGACAAAAGGAUUUCUAGAGAUUGAAGUAUGUGCUGCACGUGGUUUACCGGAUUCAUCAUUUGGACCACAUCCACCUGAUACCUAUGUAAAAACAUAUUUAGUUGAUCGUGGUCGUCAACUUUAUAAACGAAAAACACAUGUCAUGUCCGGUAAAGAUCCACAUUAUCGUCAGACAUUAAAAUAUGAUGCUUCAAUCAUUUAUGGUCGUACAUUGUUAGUAUCAGUAUGGGAGAAACAACGUCGUCGCCAUACAUUCGAUGCAAAUACACCGAUUGGUUCAGUUGAAAUAAAUGUAAAUCAAUUACAAUUACAUAAAUUAACCAUUCGUUGGUUUAAACUGAGAACCAUUGUCAAUCAAUCGAAUGAUUCAACGGCAAGAAAUUCUUUAAUUGAUCCACCCACUAUUAUUGGUUCAUCAACAUCUGUUAGUUCUGCACAAAUUCAACAACAAGAUUCAAUGGAAUCAAAUGAUGAUUAUAUGAAACAACAACAACAACAACAACGACCAUCAUCAUCAACAUCAUCAUCAUCAUCAUCGAAACCAAUGCAACCAACAAUAACAAUUGACGAUGAGUAGAAACUUGAUGGCCUUAUCAUUUUCAAUGAAUAAAAAAAAAAAAAAAAGAUUACAAUAACCACAACCUCACAUAACCAUUACACACACACACACACACACACACAAUCAUUAUCAUCAGUGUUCCAUCACUGAUUUCACGCUUUCAUUUUUUUAAUUUCUAAAAAAAAUUCCAUUUCACCAUAUCACC